AUGUCGUCCAUGGGCAGCCAGCGCGCACGGGCACGCUCACGCUCGCCCGCACCAGCGACAACUCAGUCUCUCGCAGCGCUGCACUCACCGCUCGUGCCCUCGAGCGCGGCGGGGACCACACCUCGCUCUCCUCCCGGACCUGCCCUCGCGAGCGUCGUCACGCGCCCAUCGCCCGUCGUGCCCCCCAGCCCGAGCGUACCGCCAACGCCCUCGCUCAGCAGACCUACCAGCCCACGACCACCCGUCUCGCGCGACAGGAGCGAGGAGCCGGCGAGUCCGUCGCGCGCGAGGGACGGCGCAGGUGCGCUGGGCGCGGGACAGGCGGGAGGGUUGUUGCUCAGUUCGGUCGAGCAGGGCGGGCUGAGCAAGAGCGGGAGUCAGGUCGACUUGAAUCACAUCUUUGAGCGCGACGUCGAGUUUGCCCCGUCGCACCACAUCAGCCCCUCUGAGGCAGUCGACGUCGCCGUCCCUCCCGUCCUGACCGAAGCCGCCGUCGCCCUCUCGGCCGCAAACGACGAUCCCAGCACGGCGCGGGACCUCGCCGCGCUCGUCCUCGACGCCAACUACGACGCCCAAGCCGGCUCGGGCUGGUCGUCGCCCGUCGUACCGCCCGGCGUCUCGCUCCAUGCCUGGCGCGAACAGCAGGCGCAGCAGCAUGCCUCGCCCCUGUCGCAGUCGGCGUAUGCGAACGCGAGCAGGUCGCCGAAUCGCGAGACGACGAGGUCGUUCUCGCCUGAUUCAGGGUCGGGCGGUCGCGCGAUCAGUCCAGACAGCUCGACGGCCUUUUCGGUUGGGACGCCGCCGACCUCGGCAGGAGGAGGAAGUCCGCCGCCGCCGCUUGCUUCGGGCGCACCGGGCUCGCUGGGCGGCUCGUCGCUUCCCCUCGGGCCGUUCUCGCAGCGACUUGCCGAGGCGCUCGAGAACGAGGCGAACAAGCUGCCGCAGGGACUCGUGGGCGGGAUGUCGACCGUCUCGUCAAAGAAGGAGACGCCGUCUGGCUCGUUCUCUUCGGACGCGGCACCGAGCAAGCCAGCUACUUUCACGCCUCUCAAGCCGUCGCUCCUCGUGCCUUUCCCGUCCGGCACGCCCACACCCGGCUCGCUCUCCGUCACCGACGACCCGUUCAUCUUCUCCUCCGCGCUGUCCACCUCUCCUUUCCAGUCACCCUCCACCGAGCUCUCCCACAACCCACUCACCGCCGCCUCGCACCCCGGCACGCCCCUCGCCGCCCCUCACCCUCGCAAACUCAGUUUCGCCUCGUACGCCGACCUCGUCAACGAGGAGCGUUUGGCAGAGAUCACGGGCGAGCGACUCGCGGCGGAUGGGGUGUCGACACCUGCGCCUGGAGGAGCGGCAGGCGGGACGGGUAGCCCGACGCAGACGCGCAGUCGGAGCGGGACGAGGGUCGGAGCGCAGGCGCCGUUCGGACUUGUGCCGCCGCCUCUGACGAGCACGGCGUCGGCAGGAGGGAGUGCGGCGGUCGAGCAGUUGGAGAAGAAGGUUGCGGCUGUUGCGCUGGCUGCUGAAUGA